AAUCGUAUAAUUUAUCAUUUCCAAAUCCGUGUGCCCUUUAAAAAUUCAAAAUAUCCUGGGAUUUAUUAAAUUCUUUUUCUCUCUCUUCACGAAAACCCUAGAACUCGAACGAGUGUUGGGUUUGGUGGUUCGAAGUCGAUCUGUGUACUGAAAGAUAUGGACACUCGCAAAAGAAGCAGAGGCGAAGCAACUUUUAAUGCCUAUGGUGGUUUCAAGAAACCUAAGCCAGAAAUGGACUCCUUGUCAAGUGGUAUAGGAAGCAAAUCAAAGCCAUGCACGAAGUUUUUCAGCACUGCCGGUUGUCCAUUUGGUGAGAGUUGCCACUUCCUUCACUAUGUUCAUGGUGGCUAUAAUGCUGUUGCCCAAAUGAUGAACCUGGUGCCUAUUCCAACUAGGACAACAGGACCUCCGCCUAUAUCAAAUGGGACUGCUUCUACAGCUGUUAAAACUAAAAUUUGCAACAAAUUCAACACUGCAGAGGGCUGCAAAUUCGGCGACAAAUGCCACUUUGCUCAUGGAGAGUGGGAACUUGGCAAGCCAAUUGCAGCAUCUCAGGAAGAUCCUCGUGCAGUUGGACCUAUCCCUGGCCGAAUUGGUGGCAGAAUGGAUCCACCCAUUCCUGCUGGGAGUUUUGGGGCCUCGGCCACUGCCAAAAUAAGCGUGGAUGCUUCCCUAGCCAGUGCUAUCAUAGGGAGGGGUGGAGUGAACUCGAAGCAGAUUUGUAGGCAAACGGGAGCCAAGUUAGCCAUUCGAGAUCAUGAGACAGAUCCAAAUCUUAGGAACAUAGAGCUUGAGGGUACAUUUGAACAAAUUAAGGAAGCAAGUGCAAUGGUAAGAGACCUGAUUAGCAGCAUAGGCUUUGCUGGUGGCCCUGCAAAACCAACUGGAGGCUCAGCAAAACCAGUCGGAGGUCCUGCCCCAAGGAGCAACUACAAGACCAAAAUUUGUGAGAAUUUUUCAAAUGGAUCUUGCACGUUUGGAGAUAGGUGCCACUUUGCACAUGGGGAAGCUGAGUUGCGUCAACAUGGGGCAUGAGGAGGGUGAUUUCGCUUGUGCUUUAGAGUUCAUUGUCGUUCAUGCUCAUGUUGUUUGACUCUGGAUUUUUGGCCAUGGAUACAAGUUAAUGGUGUGACGAUGUUAUUGUAGCAUUCUUGGACAUUUGGUUAUUACUUUUCUGACUGGUAGCUAUUGCAGUUUCCCUUGUAUUAGAUGACCUUGGGUUUAUUUAUCCAUUUUGGUUGCAGAUUUUAUUUC